UAUCUGCACAUGCAGCUGGUAGUUCUCACGACACCUCGCCGUCCCCUCUCUCUCUCUCGAGGCCCCAUGGCGCAGCGCGACAAGAAGGUGGAGGAGCCGAUGGAGCUGCACGCACCGGAGCUCACGCUCUGCGCCAACAGCUGCGGUUUCUCGGGUAACCCGGCCACCAAGAACCUCUGCCAGAACUGCUUCCUGGCCGCCUCCGACUCGCCGCCGUCGCCCUCCUCAUCCUCCAUGUCUCCCUCGCCGGCGGUGUGCGACAAGCUGCGGCCGGCUGCCGCUGCCCCUCCCGCGCUCUGGCGGCCGUUCGCCCCGGCCGCCGACCGGCCCCCGGCGGGCCCCGCGGAGUCCCUCUCCAAGGCGCCCCGGACGUCGUCGUCGGUCAACCGGUGCCACAGUUGCCGGAAGCGGGUCGGGCUCACGAGCUUCCGGUGCCGCUGCGGGCGAGGAUCUCCGGCGACGGCGAGGCGGGUGGCGGCGACAGCCGGCGCGGGAGCCGCGUCCCAGCGUGCGAACUAG